AUGGAGUCAUACAUAAGAGAAAGUAGAAAACUUACUUUUAAAAGUAGUAAAGGGAAAAAACAGUUACGAUAUUUAGAUAUUUCUUUAAAUAAUAAAUCUUUAUACGAUAGUCAUAUAUUAGAAUUAGUAAAAAUAUUAAAAAAAAUAAUAAAAAUAGUGUAUAAUACUUAUUACUGUUUAAAUAUUGAUUUAAGUGAAAAUCAUAUAACUUGUUUAGGAUUAAAAACAUUGUUAAAAUAUGUAUUAAAUUAUAAUGAAAACAUAGGAAUAAACAUUUUAAAAAUUUACAAAAAUAGUAUAAAAGAUGAUGGUGUAUCAUUAAUUAAACAAUUAGUUUAUAUUCAAAAAAUCCCAAUGGAAGAAUUGCAUUUAUCUCAUAACUUUAUACAAGACAAUACAUGCAAAGAACUAUUAUUAAGUUUCGUUCAAGCAAAAAGAGAUAGUAAUUAUGUUUACCCUAGAUAUGAUAAAUAUCAGAAUCCAUAUAAACAUGUACAAAUACCUGUAUGGAUAAGAUUAGAAUAUAAUUGUAUUCAAAAUCCUAAAGAAUUAUUAAAAGAAGUAGAAGAAUUUGCAAAAAAAAAAAGAGGAUACAAAAGUAACUUAAUUAUAUGUUCUGCUUUAAAAAGUGAUAAAAGAUGUUGCCCAUAUAAAUGUUUGAAUGCUACGGUUAGAAAUACUCCUAUUAUGCAUGUUUAUAUGUUUAUACAUCAAAAGGAAAAUUUAACAAAUGGAAAAGUAAAGGAGGAAAAAAAAGAAUUUUUUUCUGUUGAUGCAAUUGAAAGAACAGAGAAUAGUCUAGAAAAGAAAAAUUCAGAAGAAAAAUUAAAAAUUGAUAGUAAAAUAACAAAUAAAAAUUACAAGGAGGAAGAAGAAGAUGAUAAUGAUGAAGAUGAUGAUAAUGAUGAAGAGGAUGAUGAUAAUGAUGAAGAAGGUGAUGAUAAUGAUGAAGAUGAUGAUAUUGAUGAAGAAGAUGAUGAUAAUGAUGAUGAUGAUUAUAAUUUUAAAGAGAUGAAAUCUUUUGUAGACAUUGGAAAAUGUAUUAAAAACGAGAAUAAUAUAAGUAGUUCAUAUAAUUCUUUAGAUAAUAAAUUAAUUAAUAAUAAUGCAAAAAAUAAUGAUAGAAAUCAAAUAAAUUUAAUUAAUAAUGUUAAUAGUUUUCCACUUUAUAUUAUAUUGGAUUGUAGUGCAGUACUAGAUAUGAAAGAGCUCUGGAAAGAUAAAUCUCUUUUGCCAUUUAGCUUUCCAGGAUUACUUUAUUUAUAUAAUAAUAAAUUAUUGAAAAAUAAUAAUGAUAAAAGUAAAGAUAAGAACAGUACUUUUAAUGAUUCUUUUAUUUGCUUAAUGUGUAGUUAUGUAGCAAAUGAAUUAAAGAUAGUAUGCCAAAAAAGUGAAAUAAUUAGACAGAAAAUGGUAAAUUUAAAAUUAAAUAUUUGGGAUAAACUGUCUGAAUUAGGUAUUAUUGAAUUUUUAAGUGUACCAAAAAAUUUUAAGGAAAAAAAAAAAAAUUUUUUAAAUUCUUCUUUCUUAACUGAUGAACAAAUUAAAUUAGCAAAUGAAUAUUAUGAUAUAUCUCAUGAAACAUUACAAAUGAUUCAAUUUUCAAUCUUAUGGUCAACAUAUAUUUUUAAAAUUAGUAAUAAAGAAAUAAUUAUUGAAAACAAUAAAAAAGAAAUUAAUAAAGCAGAUGUUAAAAAAAGUAAAAAAACAAUUUUUACUGAAGUUUUAUAUUUAACUUCUUCUUCCAAUAUUUAUUCCUUUUUUGAAUAUUUAUAUGAGCAGGAUAUCAAUUUUAUUCUUCCAUUGUGUGUAACUGUUAAUCAAAUAAAUAAGUAUAUACAAGAUGAGCAUAGUUACAUUAUUGAUUUAUUAAUUAAUAAUAAAACAGAUAAAAAUAUUAAAUUUGAUUUUAAUAAAUCAUUUUUUCAACAAUUUAUCAAAGAAAAAUAUUCAAAAUAUUUGCAAUACACAAAAGAUGAAUCAACUUGUGAUAUCAAUGAGAAAAAAAAUAAUAAUGUUGAUGUAGAUAAAAAAAAAAGUAGCAUAAAAAAUGAUCAAAGUGUAAGUAAAUCCAUAGAAAAAAAUAAAAAUAUAAUAUCUAGUUCAGAGAAGCAAACAGAUAAUGAUUCUAAAAAUAAAAGCUUCAAUAAUAAUACCAAUCAAGUAAAAGAAAAAAAAAUUGCAACAGUAAAUAAUAUAAAAAAAAAGACUAAUAUUAAUAGCAACAAUGAUAAUAAAAAUAAUGAUCAAAUAAAGGAAAUGAAACAUACUAACAGUAAUCAUAAUUUAGUUAAUGAUAAAAAUAAUACAAAUAAUGAUUUAAAAAAUAAAAAUUUAAAUAAUGAUAUUUUUAAUAGUAGUUGUAAUGAUGAAAACAACUUCGAUUUAAAAAUUAAAAAAAAAAAAAAUAAUAAUAAUAAUAAUAAUAAUAAUAAUAUUUUUAAUAAUAGUAGUACUAUUAUUAAUAAUAACAAUAUUGAUAGCAGUAAUAAUAAUAAAAAUAAAUUAAAUGAAAAUAUAAAUAAUUAUGAAAAUAACAAAAAUAAAAUAGAUGAUAAUAAGAAGAAAAAUACAUCCAAUAUUACUAAUGAUAAUAAUAAUGACUAUGAUAACAAUACUAAUAGAAACAGAAUGCAUUAUUUAAAUGUGAAGGAUACAAUGAAUAAAAAUACAAACAUGGCUAACAUAUAUAACAGAAAUGCUUAUAUAAAUAAUGAAAAUACAAGAAAGAAUAAUAUAAUAAAUAAUUUAAUCAAUUACGUACCAUUACUAAAUAAAAAUGGAGAUAAUGAAAAUGUUAUUAAAGGAAUGAAAACAGUUAAUAAAGAUAUUGAUGUAAAUAAUUUAAUUUAUGAAAAUAAAGUUGAUAAUAAUUUGAAUAUUCAAAAUAGUAGUCCUUAUGAUAUGUAUGAUAUAAAAUCAGUCAAAUCGUUAUCAAACGAAAAUAUUAAUAAACUUUGUAACAUAAAUAAUAAUAAUAAUAAUAAUUAUAGUAAUAGCAAUAAUAAUAACAAUAAUAAUAAUACUAAUACAAAUAAAGAUGAUUGUUUUAAUGAAAAUAAUAUUUAUGUAAAAAAGAAUAACGAAACUAAUAAGAAUCAAUAUUAUACAAUGGAUGAAUACAAAAAAUUAAAUUUAAAAGUAUUAAAUAUGAAUGAUCUUGAUUUAUUAGAAAAAAGAACCGAUUUUAACCUUUUGAAAAAUAUAGAAAUGAAUAAGAACAACAAUAAUGAUAACUUUAUUCGUGACAAUUUAAAAAAUUUAGAAAGCUUACCGAAAAAUAAUUUCUUAGAAAAUAUGUAUUGCAAUUUGGAAAAUAAAAUUAUCAAUAAUAAUAAUAAGGAAAAUACAAAUAAAAUUAUUGACAAAGAAAGCAGUUACAAUUUCUCUUCUAACAAAGAAGAUAAUGUAAACAUUUACGAAUUAUUAAUAAAUGCAUUUAAUGAAAAAAAGAAAAAUAUCCAUGAUUAUAAUGAAAACAAUAAUUUACAUAUGGAUAAUAAUGUAAGAGUAGAUAAAAAUUUAUCAGUAUUCACACAAAUGAAAAUAAAGAAUAAUACUAAUGAGUUAAAUAAAAAUGUUGAUAGUUUUGAUAAAAUGAAUUAUACAAGCCCCAAUCUAUCAAAAAAUAUCACUAACAAUAAUAGUAAAAAUAUUAAUGUAAACAAUAGUAAUAAUAAUAGGAAUAAUACAUCAAAUUCAGAACAUAAUUCUUUAUUUUCUCUUAAUAACUCGUUUUUGAAUAAUUCAAAUUUAAAUCAGAUAACAAGAAAUCAACAAGUAAAUAAAAACGAUACAUUUUUGCCAACAAAAAUAAAUAUUGCAAAUAAUAAUAAUUCUUUUGACAAUGUACAUAUAAAUAAUAAUAAUGGAAUUAUAGAAAAUAAAAAAAAAGGAAAAAAUAAUAAUAUUUACGAAUUAAGUGAUGCAAAGGAUAAUAUAAUUUUCAAUAAAUCUAAUGUGAAUAUUUUAAAUAAUAAUGAUUGCAAAAGCAAUUUAAAUAAUAGUAUUGGAAAUGUAAGUAUUAACGAUAACAGUCAUAUUUCUAAAAAUAGUAAUAAUAGCAUAAAUAAUAAUUUAAUUAAUAAUAAUUCAAUAAAAAAAUUAAUAGCACAAAAACUAAACUUAGAAACAAAUAAUAAUGAAUUAGAAUUAAAUAAUCUCAUGGAAUCUCUUCAGAAAAAUUUAAAAGAUAAUUCAUCAUUUUGCAUAGAAAAUAAUAAUAAUAAUAAUAAUAUUACAACAAAUGAAAAUACUAUUUCUAUUUUUAAUCAAAACAUGAUGAAAAAUGAAUUAGAUAUCAAUAAUAAUAGAGAAUACAAAUUAAUAGAAUUGAAAAAUAUUUUUGAUAAAUAUAAAGUAGAUAUAUUAAAUACUUCUUUGUUAUUAGAGGAAUUGAUAUUAAAUCAAAGUAUUUGUAAAUUUAUACCUACUGAUUUAUAUAAUAAAAUUUUAAAAUGUUAUGAAAAAUUGGAUCAAAUACUUGUUAAUUUGAAUUGCUACAAAGAUGAUUUCAAUAUAACUAACUCAAAAAAUAUUAAUAAUAAAGUGGAUCAUAACAUAUUAUAUGAAGAAUUUAAGAAUUAUUGGGAUAAAGCAUUUUCAAAAAACAAUUCUACUUUAUCAACUAAAGAGAUAAAAAAUCUUCCUAAUAUUAUUCAUAAUAAUCAAAAAAUGAAUGUAAUGACUCCUCAUCAUAAUUUUAUUGUUAGUAAUAAUAAUAAUGAUAAUAAUAAUAAUAAUAAUCAUAAUCAUAAUAAUAAUAACAAUGAUAACAUUAAUAAUAAUAAUAAUAAUAAUGAUAAUAAUGACAAUAAUAAGAAUAAUCAUAGCAGUAAUAAUAGUAAUGAUAAUAAUAAUAAGAAGAAUAAUCAUAGUAAUAAUAAUAGUUAUGAUAAUAAUAACAAUACCACUACUACUAAUAAUAAUAUUAAUAAAAUAAAUUCAAUUAAUGCAAAUCAAUUAUAUUAUAAUUCAAUAAAUAAUGCUAAUAAAAUAAAUAGUUCAUUAAAUACUAAUAAUCAUUUAAAUAAUUCUAUUAAAAUAAAUCAAAUUCAUAACGUAAUUAAAACUAAUAAAAUAAAUAAUCCGGUUAAUACAACUAGCAUAAAUAAUACCAUUAAUUCAAAUAAAGUUAACUCUACAAAUAUUACUAAUCCAUUAAGUAGUUCAGUUAAUAGUAAUCAGUUAAAUAAUACAAUAAAUAAUAAUUUAGAUAUUAAUUUUAAUAACCUAAAAAAUAAUUCAUCACAAAAAAAAUAUUUAAAUGGAGAUACUCCAAGUUUUAUAAAUAACUUAGGUGAUAACAAUGUGAAUUCUAAUUCAACGAUAAGCGGAAAUAUUUUAAAUAUAAAUAAUAACUGUUCAAAUUUAAAUAAGUUAACAAAGGAUUUAAAUAAUUUAAAGUCUAUGAACAAUGAAAGGGAAAUAGACAUAGAUACAAAUGAUUUAAAAAAUAAGAAUAAAUUAUUAAUGCUAAAUAAUAAUUUACCUAAUGUAAAAGUUAAUGAAAAAAGUUUAUUAGAUUAUAAUCCUAUGAUAAAUACAGAAAAUUUCUUAAAAAAAAAUAAUUCAUAUAACGAUAGUGCUUCCAAUUUAUUAUCAUUAAUUAACAUGAAUAAAAAUAAAAAUGUUUUAAAUCAUCAAAAAAUAAACAGUGAUAAAUAUAAAAACGAUUAUAAUACAAAUGAAUUGAAUGCUUCAACAAAUAAUAAUUUUAAAAAAUUAUUAAAUAACGAAAAUUUAUAUAUGCUUAAUAAGAGUUCAUUAAAUGAUAUUAACUUAAAGUAUGUAGAAGCAUUAAGUAAUCAAUUAAAUUUUGUUUCUAGUGAGAAUAAAAAAGGUGAUCAAGAUAAAAGUGACAUUGACGUUUUAAAUUUUCAAAAAGAAUUAGAAAGUAAAUGCAAUAAUCCAUUAAUAGAUUUGUGUGAAAAAGCGAAUAUUAAGAAAUUAUGA